AGCAAGGAGCAACUGUCGGUGGCAAGGAGACAGACAGAGAACUGUGAGGAGACCACUCACUCUCUGGAGUCUAGAGUGGCAGAGUUGACCACUCAGCUGGACACUGCCAGGGCACAGGCCACUCUCAGCUGGCCACUGAGAGGGAGAUGCUCGUCAAGUCUCUGGACUCUGCUCGUGCGGAGAAGAACGCUUUGGACAAGAACCGACUGGAAAUUAAUACAAUGCUAGAGACUCUGAGUGCUGACUAUGAGAAGGUUCAGAAGGCCAACAGUCGGCUUCAGAAGAUGGUGGACACUCUGGAGGAUGAGAAAGUUUACUUGCAAAACGAGGUCGAUCGACUGAACAAGGACGCAGAGAUGAGGGAGAUGUCUCUGAGGACAGAAGAGGACCGCUGUAGCAGACUCCGGGAGGAGUUGCUCACAGUCAGGGAGGACCUCAACAAAGGCGUACCUGGCCAAGGACAUGCUGGAGCAGCACAAGGCUGA